AUGGCGUCGCCGCCGCCGUGGUCCGACGACCUCCUAGGUCUCCUCGUCGCCGUCCUCGACGCGGUGUGCUCUUCCAUCUGGCGCUCCGUUGCUUCUCAGCCGCCUUCUUCGCCGUGGUCGGAACUCCCAGACGAGAUCCUAAAUCUGGUGAUGGCCGGCCUCCCUAACCUGGCAGACCGCGCUCGAUUCCAGUUGGUGUGUCGAUCCUGGCGCGCCUCGGCUCCCCCUCCGCCGCAAGUGCCGUGGAUGCGGACGGUGCUGCGUUCCUGGCAAGCGGUUUCCUGCCCCCCUCCGCGGCAGCGGCCUUGGAAGUGGAUCGACUCCGCGUGCCGCCGUCCGUCCGUCCCCUCACGUCUGCCGCAGCGGCCUUGGAUCGUGCUGCCCGGCGGCUUCUACAACCACGACGGCAUCUACACUUACAUCAGAGAGUGCACAGGACACGGGUUCGCCACUGGCAAGCAGGAGUGCACCCCGUUCAAGCGCUCCAACAUCAACAGCUCCUUCCCCGACAGCUUGCGAUGCGUUGGCUCCACCGACGGCUGGCUCGCCCUCGACUACGCUGAUGAUAAGAACAAAAUUCAUACCUACUUCUUGCACAAUCCUUUCUCUAAGGAAGUUGUGGCUCUCCCCGAGCUUGAUGCCAUCGUCGGUAAUAGUUCCGAGUUAUUUCAGAUCCGCAAGGUGCUCAUCCGAUCGACCCCUGGUGACCAGCUCGUCGUUAUCAUGACCAACAAUUGGAACUAUCCGAUCAUCUUAAUCCCACCGGGAAAGGGCGCGUGGUUACCGAGGCCACAAGCAACCCCCUUCAUCAACAUUAUUGACAUCGUGCUCUUAGGAAACAGGCUCUACGGGAUCACCCAGGCAGAGGACCUCUUCUCCUUGAAUGUAAGCUUUAAUGCUGAUGGCAUACCCACAGUCACCAAUAUCAAGCACCACAUCAGAUCGGGCGAUGCUGAUUCCAGUGUGGAGAGCGACUUAGAUGAGGACCAACACCAUUAUUGUGAGAACGAAGAGGAUCGGCUUCAGGGCAACUUGUAUGAAUUGAGGACAAUUGGAGACAACAUGAUCAAUGAUGGCAUCCUGUGGGAUGAGAUGCCUUAUGCUCCCAAUGAUCACCUCGCCACAUUUUGGUACUUACUUGAGUCGUGUGGGAAGCUAAUCAUGGUGAAGCGUCAAUUGCAAUUUCCUAAAUGUUGUUAUGUCAAAUUCACUCGUAAGUUGGAGGUUUUUGAGGCAGAUUUCAGCGCACGCACAUGGUUGCCGGUGUCAGGUGGGCUAGGUGGCCAAGCACUUUUCAUCAGCAAACGCUUCAGCAAGUCUGUUUCUGCUUUUGGAGAGAGAGAGGAGGAUGCUAUUUAUUUUAUCGAUACAGGUGAGGUGUUCAACAUAAAAUCCAAAACUCAAAGCCGGCCAGUAGAAAGAAGCGUCGAUUCCCGUUGCUCAACAUGGAUCUUCCCUCCAAGCUAG